AUGAACAACAGUAGUGGGGCUGUUGAGGGCAACCAAGGAUCUGUGACAACAUGUCCUCAUUGGGAUAAUUCUUCUGUACUCCAAUGGAUCAAGACUAUUGUGUACCUGUUCAUUGUAUUUUUGGCCCUUUUUGGAAAUACCUCGGUGAUAUGGAUAAUAUUCAGGCAUCGGCGAAUGCGAACAGCAACCAACUAUCUCAUUGCAAAUAUGGCGGUGAGCUUAAUGCAUAACCUCAUGUCAUCACAAAGCUUCUUAAAAAACCAGGAAAUUGUGGCAUUUAGAAAGGCUGAAAAAGUGUCGUGCAAUUGUUAACAUUUCUUUGGUAUGAUUCUAUCGUUAUGUAAAACUACUGAAAGAAAUUGAUGCAGUCAUCUCCAAAAAAUAUAGCAACAGAUACUCGACUUAUCGUUAAGGACUUCUUUCAUUCAGAGAGAGUUUUCAUUAUUCAACGACACUCGGGGUAACCCUGCAGUUCAGCCGCCGUAUUAAUCUUUCCAAUCUUCCCCAGCAUCGGUUUAGAUUACUUUGGGCGGUAUAAAUUCAAAAUUAAUUCGGAUCAUGUGAAAUACGGCGUCUGGAGUGACUCUUACAGGAAGCAUGAGCACACCCCAUAUUACUCAGGAGGGUUUUAAUUCUAACAAUAUAUCUUUCAGGUUGGGGAUCUGUUGAUGGCUAUUAUAACCAUGAUACCUAAUGCAGUGAACAUUCUACGUGGGAAUCACGACUGGGUCAACGACUCGCUCUUUGGACAAGUAUCCUGCAAAUUGUUUAUGUUCACCCAAGCUUCUUCAAUGGCCUGCUCCAUAUUCACUCUAACAGCACUGGCACUUGAGCGCUUCUUUGCAGUUGUUUUCCCAAUCUGGAAAGUAGUUAAUAUCAAGCGAACAAGAUGGCUGAUUGGCGUCAUUUGGAUGGGAUCAAUCGCCUCAGCAUCGCCGAUGUUGUAUGCAGCCAAAGUGGAAAUCUAUGACGGAGCUCCCUACUGCCUCGAGGACUGGGCCCCCGCUUUCGACGCAAGACGAUCGCAAUCGAUCUUUACCAUUGUGUCAUUUGUACUCCUUUACGCCCUGCCUCUACUUUUGAUUUCUAUAUUGUACUCAAUCAUCAUUGCCAAGGUAUGGGGUAGGAAUAUACCGGGUAAUGCUACUCCGGCCAACCAGCGGCUUUUGAACAGGUCAAAAAGAAAUGUACUGAAGAUGUUGAUUACAGUGGUUCUGGCGUUUGCGCUGUGCUGGUUUUUGAUGCACCUUAAUGUGAUUUUGAUGGACUUCACAGACGUUUUCUCGCCUUGUGGUAUCUCCAUAGGACUACAAACCACGGGUUUUCUCUUCGGCCAUGCAAACAGUGCCAUCAACUGCUGUAUCUAUUUGAUAUUCAGCCAGGAUUUCCGAAGAGGAAUAAAGGAUAUUCUCAAGCCCCUUUUACCGAACCGCACAGCGACAUUACUUGUUGAUAACACUCGAGCUGGUUCUUCUUUGGAAGCAACAAUUGAACUCAAAACCAGUAACAGGCAGGGUAGACCGCAAGCGAGAUCAUUUAAAAUCAUACAAGUUUAG